AAGAGAAGGCACCGAUGGCGUUGCGUGCGCCAUUGGUUGACCGCUAAACCUCUUCUUCUAUCCGUCUGAUUCAAAGCAAGCAACCCUCUCAUAUUUGGCAUCUUGCAAUGAAACACAAUCAAAGGAACCGACCCUUUGACCAUCGUGGCGUUAAAAUUAACGGCACACAAAGCAGCCUAACAUGUUACGCAAUCAUAAAUAAUCGAUCAAGAAAAGAAAGUAAUCAUUCACCAAACCCCCUAAAUCGAAAACUUUAACGUGCAGGUUUCAUCCUCUUCCCGUUUGUUCCUCUUCUUUUCAAUAUUUUCUGCUCCACACAUGUAUGAUUAUGAUUUGUAGAUAUAAGCACACACAGAUUUGAUUCGUAUAGUAAAUUUAUAGCUUUUAAGCCCACUGUUCUUCAAUUUUUGUGUAUAAUUAUAGUUUUAUAGCACUUUUUCUCUUUAAUGGAGGUCUCAUCGUCAUCAUGUUCCUCCCCACUUUCGAUUCAUCGACUCGACUUCGCCCCACCUAUUUUGACCCGACCCGUAUCGCGUUUCUCUUCCAAACCAGUUACCCGAUUCACCCCUUCCACCACCUGUAACACUUCGUCUUCUUCUUGUUCUUCUGCAUCGUCGUCUUAUUUUGGACUUUCCAUCUCUCAUAAACCCUUGAAAUUGAAGAAUAAUCACACCCUUCCUCGAAAAAGGCGUGGGUCGUUCUAUAUUGUAGCUGGUGUGUUCGAGAGAUUUACCGAAAGAGCAAUCAAAGCUGUGAUGUUUUCUCAAAGGGAAGCUAAAGCUUUGGGCAAAGACAUGGUCUUUACGCAGCAUCUGUUAUUGGGUUUAAUCGCUGAAGAUCGUUCUCCUGGUGGCUUUCUCGAAUCCGGCAUCACCAUAGACGCUGCUCGUGAAGCUGUUCGGAGUAUCUGGGAUGAAGAAGAAGAGGGUGAUAAAAAGGAGCAAGUCACAUCAACCACGUCCGCCACAGAUGUGUCGUUUUCAAAUAGCACAAAAAGGGUGUUCGAGGCUGCAGUUGAGUAUUCGAGAACUAUGGGUUAUAAAUUCAUCGCUCCUGAGCACAUUGCCAUCGGAUUGCUCACUGUAGACGAUGGCAGCGCCAGUCGUGUCCUUCAGAAAUUAGGAGCAGAUUUAAACCACCUCGCAGAUGUUGCAGUCUCUAGACUGCAAGGAGAGCUUGCCAAAGAUGGAAGAGAACCCACGAAAAUGUUAAAAAAUUCCUCUUUUGGUAAAACAUCAGUCAGAUCCCCUGAAAAAGCAAAAGGGAAAAGUGCAUUAGAUCAAUUCUGUGUGGAUCUUACUGCUAGUGCUAGUAAUGGGCGCAUUGAUCCUGUGAUUGGGCGAGAUAAUGAAGUUGAAAGAAUAGUUCAGAUUCUUUGCAGAAGAACUAAAAAUAAUCCCAUUCUUCUAGGUCAAGCUGGGGUUGGAAAAACAGCCAUUGCAGAAGGGCUAGCCAUUCGUAUAUCUGAUGCAAAUGUCCCUGUCUUUCUCAUGACAAAACGAGUUAUGUCAUUGGAUAUCGGUUUGUUAAUUUCGGGUGCAAAGGAGAGGGGAGAAUUAGAGGGACGUGUAACGAGUUUAAUUAGGGAGGUAAAAGAGUCAGGUGAUGUGAUACUUUUCAUUGAUGAAGUCCAUACACUGAUUGGGUCAGGGACUGUUGGAAGAGGUAACAAGGGAUCUGGACUUGACAUUGGUAAUCUUUUGAAGCCCUCUCUUGGGAGGGGUGAAUUACAGUGUAUUGCUUCCACAACUAUGGAUGAGUACAGAUUGCAUUUCGACAAGGAUCAAGCAUUGGCACGUAGAUUCCAACCUGUCAUAAUUGAAGAACCAAAUCAGGAAGAUGCAGUGAGGAUUCUAAUGGGGCUACAAGAAAAAUACGAGGCUCAUCACAAAUGUAAAUACACAUUGGAAGCCAUAAAUGCAGCUGUGUACUUGUCAUCAAGAUACAUUCCUGAUAGAUAUCUUCCAGAUAAAGCCAUUGAUCUCAUUGAUGAAGCAGGAAGUAAAGCAAGAAUGGAAUCUUUCAGAAAGAACAAGGAACAACAAAUUGAUAUACUUUCAAAGUCCCCUAAUGACUAUUGGCAAGAGAUUAAAGCAGUUCAAGCUAUGCAUGAUGUGGUUUUGGCAAGCAGAAGAAGCAAUCUUGUUGACCCAACAGACACAACCAGUGAUGCUGCUUUGACUUCUUCGACAUCUGAUGAUCAAGAGCCUACAAUUGUGGGGGCUAAUGAAAUAGCAGCAGUUGCUUCACUAUGGUCAGGGAUUCCAAUUCAACAGCUGACAGCUGAUGAAAGAAUGUUAUUGGUGGGACUUGAAGACCGAUUAAAAGAAAGAGUUUGUGGUCAAAAUGAAGCUGUGGAUGCCAUUUGUCGCGCUGUGAAGCGAUCUCGUGUAGGAUUAAACGAUCCUGACCGUCCGAUUGCUGCCAUGCUUUUCUGUGGGCCCACGGGAGUUGGCAAAACCGAACUCACAAAAGCCCUAGCAGCUUCCUACUUUGGCUCGGAAAGUUCGAUGCUAAGAUUGGACAUGAGUGAGUACAUGGAACGCCAUACAGUCAGCAAACUAAUAGGCUCACCACCAGGGUAUGUAGGGUAUGGUGAAGGCGGGACCCUUACGGAAGCCAUCCGUAAACGGCCUUUCACAGUGGUGCUUCUUGACGAAAUAGAGAAAGCCCAUCCUGAUAUCUUCAAUAUUCUUCUUCAAAUUUUCGAAGAUGGUCACCUCACUGAUUCCCAGGGUCGUAGGGUAUCGUUCAAGAACGCGUUAGUGGUGAUGACUUCUAACGUGGGGUCCACAGCUAUCGCAAAGGGGAGACACAAUUCCAUCGGUUUCCUACUUGAUGACAACGAGUCUUCAUCUUCUUAUGCCGGAUUAAAAUCACUAGUAAUGGAAGAACUCAAAACGUAUUUUCGUCCCGAGUUACUAAACAGGAUAGAUGAAGUUGUCGUGUUCCGUGCACUCGAAAAGACGCAGAUGCUUGAGAUAUUGAAUAUGAUGUUGGAAGAGGUGAAAAAGAGGCUUGUUUCAUUUGGAAUUAAUCUGGAAGUGUCUGUACCAGUAUUGGAGCUUAUAUGUGAACAAGGUUUUGAUAGGAGUUAUGGGGCAAGACCUCUUCGAAGGGCGUUGACUUUGAUAAUUGAAAAUCCAUUGAGUGAAUCACUUCUUUCUGGAGAGUUUGAGAAGGGGGACACUGCUGUGAUUGAGAUUGAUGAUUCGGGAAAUCCGGUGUACUCCACAGCCGCCGACAUCGUCACAAUCGCCGGAACCUAUCACUGCUGCAGCGCUGCCAACGCAGUGACGGACUUCGUUCAUUACCAGCUGAGCAACACCAUCUACCCUCGCGCGCAAACGGACCAGCAUUGUCUGAUUUCGCUCGCCACCAUCGUUGUGCAAUGA